AGAGAGAGAGAGAGAGAAUCGUGCCUCUGACACUUUGCCCCAUGCUUGUUAAUUCAGUCGAGGCUGUUGCAGCGGUCACUGCAGUAAAAGAAGCACAACAAAUGCACAGUGGAUUAGCCUUACCCACACUGUUUCAUAUUUUCAGUAAAAUUAUGAGGUGAUCAAAACUCUAUAAAGUGAUCUUUAUUUAUUUUAACAUCUGCAAUGUAAUUUAUUCCCCAGUUUAUGUCUUUUUCUAUUGUCGACUAAGAUCUGGAAACAGAGCACAGUGUCUUCUACCCUGAAGACUUUCCUAUAAGAGUACACUUAUUUAUUCUUUAUUCAAAGUGGAUUGGAGAUGCUGUCAUUCUAAAAUAAAAAAAAAUAAUUUCUGUACAUAAUUUAUUACAAAUGCAGUUUUUUAUUUCUCUGUAAAUGAAUUUAACCCUGACUAUUCUUCUUCAACAGAUCACAAUAAAGUGGCCUCAUAUGAGAUAUUAAGUGAGCAGAAUGCUAAUGUCACUGCAACACUGAUGACCAGAGAACACAAAGCCAAGGGUUAAGUGGUUUCAAGAGCUUCCUGUUUCCUUUAAUAGUUUGUGGUGGCUGUUCUGUACAUGUGAAUUAAAAAACACCAUUUUUGAGUUUUGUGCUUCUUAUUUUUGUAACUAUCACUCUAUAUUUUCUGGUUUAUUAUCAUCAUCUACAAACCAUUUUAUAGAUUAUUAUUAUACAGCCAUAGACAAAACUGUAUGAAGAACUGAAGGUGGAGCAUCAGCAAGUUCAGGAAGAAGAAAAUAACACAAAUGACUUCUGCUUGCUAGUGUGAACUGAGGGUGAGACCUAGCGUCUUAAAUUAAUGUCAUACUAGCAAGCAGAAGUCACUCAUUUCAUGUGUUGUAAAGCAAUAGAGAGGUUUGGAAAUGCAAGCCAUCUAUGAAGAUGUGAGUUUUGAACUGGACAAAAUGGACAGUAGGGAAAACUAUCAUUGUUCAACAGAAACAGAGGAUGAUGUUUAUGUGAAUACGGAAGACUGCAGCCCAAAGCUGAAAAUGUCCACAGGACCACAAGCAGUGGAUGAUGUCUAUGUGAACAGACAGCAGCUGCAUCCAAAGACCAAAACAUGCACAGCUUCAUCUGGUUGCAAAGUGGUCAUAUUUGUUCUUGGUCUUCUACUGCUUGGAGCUUUAGCAUCACUCUGUGCUGUAGGGAUCUUGUAUCACAGUAAAGUUGUUUCUACUGAGAUAUUAAGGGAGAGACAUGACAAUGCUACAUCCGAACUGAUGGUGCUAAAAGACAAUGCCACUGAGACAGAAAGAUUGUAUGAAGAACUGAAGGUGAAGCAUCAUGAGUUUGUCUCUACAUACAGUAAGACAGAACAACUGAAAGAAAUGCUGAAGGCGAAAUAUCAGCAAGUUCAUGAAUGUCUCUCUGCGUGCAGUGCAAAACAAACCUGUACACUUUGUGAGGAAGGAUGGAAGACUCUUGGUUUAAAGUGUUACUACUUCUCCACUGAUAAACUGAACUGGAAACAGAGUAAAGAUUACUGUGUGGAGAAAGGAGGCCACCUGGUCAUUAUAACCAGCCAACCUGAACAGGAUUUUGUAGUUUCACAAAUCAGAGAAACACACUGGAUUGGUUUGAAUGACUUGGAGACUGAGGGGCAGUGGAUGUGGGUGAACAACAAGACCUUAAAGGAGACGGGUGUAACGUUCUGGUACAGCGCUCCAGAGGGACCAAAUGAGCCUGAUAACUGGAAAAUUCAGGACCCUUCUGGAGAGAACUGUGCUGCUCUGGGGGAUGAAAAUGGUAACAUAAAUAAAUGGUUUGAUGCGUCUUGUCGUACGAUAAAAAAGUGCAUCUGUGAAAAGUAAAAGAUUUCUUUUUUCACUUCUGCCUGCAAAUGCUUGUCUUUCAGAACAGAGGACAAUUCUUGGUUGUUGUCUAUGAAUAUUUGCUAUUAUAAAACAGCUGUAGUCAAGUUUACCUAUACUUUAUUAUAGUACACAAUUUAUAUACAAGGUAAUCUUUUACAAAAUCCAUUUUCACUUUUCAGCCACAUUGUAAAAUGUUCUUGUAUUUUUUUUUUAGCUUGUCUAAACCACCUGAUCAUUAGAAGAUAGUGUGAGAGAUCAUGUUUAUAGCUUUUCUCCUGCUGCUUGUGGAAAUCUGUAAAAUUGUAUUGGAAGGAUGAAGUGUUUCCAGUUUAUGUUAGCUGAAACUAGUUUAGUUUAUUUUUUAGUUUAUUUAUUUAUUUAUAAAGCGCAUUUAAAAACAACAGGAGUUGCAACCAAAGUGCUGUACAACAAAUAUAAAAACAUACCCAAUCAAGACAAACAAGGGGACAGUUAAAAUAAAAUUUUACACUCUCAAACCUAAUUAAAACAUACAGAAGGUUUUCAAAGCAGAUCUGAACAAAGAAAUAGAAGGGGAAGAUCUUAGGUGGAGGGGAAGACUGUUCCAAAGCUGCCACAGCAAAAGCCCGGUCGCGUUUAGUUUUAAAAUGUGAACGAGGAACUGAUAGAAUAAAUUGACUAGACGACCGAAGAGAUCUAGAGGUGGAAAGCGGAAUGAGGAGAUUACAAAUAUACUGGGGAGCACAACCAUGUAAAGCUUUCAAGACAAAGAGAAAAAUCUUAAAAUCAACACAGAACUUAACUGGGAGCCAGUGUAGAGAGGCGAGUACUGGGGUAAUGUGCUCACGUUUUCUGUAAAUUAUGUUUCUGAAAAAUAUAACCAAGUGGAAGCAUAUAUAAGGAGAAAAUAAGAGGACCAAGAAUAGAGCCCUGCGGAACACCAUAGGAAAUUUAAGCCCGAGAUGAGAAACAAUUCGCCAAAUUCACAGAAAAAGACCUGUCUUUAAGGUAGGAAGCAAACAAAUACAGCACAGAUCCCUGAAAACCAGCUACUUGAUCAAGUCUUUGAAGAAGGAUGUCAUGAUCACUUGUAUCAAAUGCUGCACUUAAAUCAAGCACGAUUAAAAUACAGCAAGAACCAGCGUCAAGGGAAUGUAAAAUAUCAUCAGUAACCUUCAACAGGGCAGAUUCAGUACUAUGAAAUUCUCUAAACCCAGACUGAAAUGUGUCAAAAAGUUACUCAAGUAAGAUCUGAGAAUAAACAGCCUUUUCCAAAACUUUUGGGAUGAAAGAUCAUUUAGAUAUGGGUCUAUAGUUAUUCAGAUCAUGCUGAUCAAGAUGAUGCUUUUUUAACAGUGGUUGGAUUAUAGCAUGUUUAAACAAAACUGUUACAAUUCCAUUUGUUAAGGAGCUAUUGAUAAUAGCAGUAACAACUGGACUUAAGGCUGGAAAAAACCUUCAGGGCAGAACAUCAGUGAUAAAUUGAGGGCUUCAUACUAAGAACAAUAUCAUAGAGCUGCAAAGGUGACACAGGUUGGAAAAGAGAUAGGGAGCUCCGAUGAAAAGCCAUUACUAGAUGUAACAUUAAGUUGCUUUGAAUAAACAAUUUACAAACGAAUAAAAGUGUACAUUUCUGGGGGAAAACAGCUUUGUUAUGUGUGUAAGGUCAUUAUUUGACAUUUCCAUCAUCUGCUCCUCAUCAAAACUGUAAAUCAAUUCAG